CACCGCACCCAACAAACAGAUCAGCACAUAUCAGACACAUUGGAGCAAUAUUUCACUGUGUACCAGCAAGACCGAAUAGAAACUGGCCACAGAAGGGCAAAAGAAGAAGAAAAUGGAAACUUUGACGAUGGAAUACGAAACAGUUUUGAACUCGUGCCGGAUAUUUUGGUGAAAAGCAUGUUUCAGCAAGUCAUACCUGAAAAGCUUAAUGGACUCGGAGCAUUGCUUUAGAUGAACGCUCGUCAGUCGCAGCCUAUAAUGGUUUCGAAAGGAAAAUAUGAGCUACUAGAAAGUGGAUCCAAAUCAAAGCCUUCUAAGAAGAUUUGUGCUCUGAAGAUAUUUUAUUUGUCUUGCUUUUUAUUUGUGCUUUUCUUUAUCAUCUUCAUGUAUUUGGAAGAUUUCUUUAAAGCACCUUUUACCAAACAAAUCUGGCAAAACCAUAAAAGUAAAGACUCCGAUCUGCCAAAUCUUCCCCCAAGCACACAUUUGCCAUUCGUCCAAACACCACACAUCCAACACACAUCCGCCAGUCCUCCGUCUCCAAAGGCGUGUGGUGUUCAAGUGAAGGACAGGCCUGUGAUUAAAGUUGGCCAUCUUAACACAUAUGUGAUCGGCUCUUAUGUGGAUCAUCGUUUCAGAGAGAAACAGAUAAACACGAUCGCCAUUGUUCUCCGACAUGAGCAGGCGACGUACAGCUGUGUGAUGUGCUGCGAUGGGAGGAACGUGACGUCGAAUGCCGAGUACUCCAUUCAUUCUGACCACUUCAACUUUGAAUACGGCACCGCUACCAUCACGUGCCCAAUCAACAGCUUGUGUUUGACACUGACGCACGUUGCAAUCACAGCCAGUGGCGUCUUGGGGAGCGUAACAUCCUUUCAACCUGUUAGAAACAGAGACGCUCCAACAACAUUCCCAUAUGAGUUUACAAUCUGCAUCUCUGUCAUGUACGACUUCAAGAGUGUGUUGAAUUUAGUCGAGUCCAUGGAGAUGUUCAGACUGCUUGGCGCUCAAAGGGUGGUGAUUUAUAAAACCAACUGCGAUUCAGAAACACAGAAGGUUCUGGACUACUAUGAGAAAAGCGGUUUCGUGGAGAUCAUCCCGUGGACGAUUAAAAAGCACAUCGUCGUGUCUACAGGCUGGAAGCCAGAUAUAUCACCAGGUCAGCUGCAUUACUAUGGGCAAAUCCCUGCGCUUAAUGACUGUGUUUAUCGUUACAUGUACCAAACUCGCUAUCUGGCUCUACAAGACAUGGAUGAACUCAUUCUGCCUUUCAAAGUGAAAACCUGGACGGAGUUGUUGCCUGAGCUUGAGAACAUGUACGGUACUGAUGUGGGCUUUGAGUUUGAGAAUAAUCAAUUCCCGUUUACUGCAAAGCCUAACGUGGAUCACGAAAUGGAAGCAUGGAAGCAUGUAAAGGGAAUAAAUAUUUUAAAUUAUAUCGAUCGAGUACCCAACAUCCGCAAUGCUUUCAACAAUUACAAGAUUAUAGUAAAUCCUCGUCUGGUUCAGAAGGCUACUGUCCAUGGCCUGCUGGAAAGUGUGAACGGAAGCCCUACGGUCCGGGUGAAUAAUGCUAUCGCUCGCAUGUACCACUUCAAAAACUUCACGUACCCACCGAACACAAACCUUAUAAGAGAUGAUCAUCUCUGGGACUACGCCAAUGAUCUUAUACCAGCUGUUUCUAAAGUUCUACAGGACUAUGGAUUCAUUGAGGCCUAAUUGAUUGUCAUGAAGUACUGUCUGUCACUGGUUUCAAGUCAAUAAUAAAAAAUUUUUUUUAUAAAAAUCAACAUGAAAAACAAAAAUCUGGCUGUAUGCGGAUGGUAUGCAUGGGCAACUGCACACGUGUGAGUGAUUUGUUUGUUUGUUUACCUUUAUUUGAUUUGAGUGCUUAAGAAGAACUCUCCUGUAAGUAGCGUCCGUGUGCCAAAAGCGAUAGGUUGAAAGGUUUGCCCACUCAACUUAUGCUUGAGACACAGCAGUAAGUGGAAAAUCUGCCUUUACACAUUUCUACAAGUUACACACUAUAUGGAUAUUGAAUUUGGAAGAUAGAUAAAUGACUAUUUUUCUCAGAUAAACAUCUUCAUCAAUUCAUACAAAUAAUUAAUAUCUAAAUAUAUGCCAUUCAUAGUAUAUCACCUGACAGCUCAAAGCUUUAAGGACAUUCUACAU